AUGUCUGACGAUCCGAAAUACGACGAUAUCCAGUCCGACUCUGACUCUGGAGAGUCCAUCGACGCCCAGGACAACGCCGUCGAAGAAAAGGCCCUCAAGCCCGCCCUCAAGAAGUCCAACCCCGUCAUCCCCGACAAGACGGUCGCAAAGCCCCCGUUGCCCCCACAGACCGAUCCCAAGGAUCUCGAUGUUUCCAUCCUGACGCCUCUCACCCCCGAGAUUAUCGCCCGACAGGCCACUAUCAACAUUGGUACCAUUGGUCAUGUCGCUCACGGAAAGUCCACUGUCGUCAAGGCCAUUUCCGGCGUCCAGACAGUUCGAUUCAAGAACGAGCUGAUCCGUAACAUCACCAUCAAGCUGGGUUACGCCAACGCCAAGAUCUACCAGUGCGAUAACGCCGCAUGCCCUCGUCCUGGUUGCUACCGAAGCUACGGCAGUGAGAAGGAGGUUGACCCUCCUUGCGAGAGAGAUGGCUGCGGUGGCACAUACCGUCUGCUGCGACAUGUUUCAUUUGUCGACUGCCCUGGUCACGAUAUUCUCAUGAGCACCAUGUUGUCAGGCGCCGCUGUCAUGGACGCCGCCCUUCUGCUGAUCGCAGGUAACGAAUCCUGCCCUCAGCCUCAGACAUCAGAGCAUUUGGCCGCCAUCGAGAUCAUGAAGCUCGAGAACAUCAUCAUUCUGCAGAACAAGGUCGACCUGAUGAGAGAAGAAAUCACUCAACAGCACUUUGACUCGAUCCUCAAGUUCAUCCGUGGAACUGUUGCUGAAAAGUCUCCCGUCAUCCCCAUCUCUGCCCAGCUCAAGGUCAACGUCGAUGCCGUCCUCGAUGCCAUUGUCAACACCAUCCCUGUUCCCGUCAGAGAUCUCUCCCUUUCACCACACAUGAUCAUCAUUCGUUCCUUCGACGUCAACAAGCCCGGUGCUGAGAUUGACGACCUCAAGGGUGGUGUUGCCGGUGGCAGUAUCCUGCACGGUGUUCUGAAGCUGGGCGAUGAGAUUGAGAUUCGCCCUGGUAUUGUUUCCCGCGACAACAGCGGCGCUCUCAAGUGUACGCCUCUCUUCAGCAGAGUCAUCUCUCUCAACUCAGAAGGCAACGACCUCAAGUAUGCUGUUCCCGGUGGUCUGAUUGGUGUCGGUACCCAGAUCGAUCCCACCCUUUGCCGUGCCGAUCGUCUGGUCGGUUUCGUCCUAGGUCUCAAGGGCAAGCUCCCCGAUAUCUACAGCGAAAUCGAAAUCAACUUCUACCUCCUCCGACGCCUGCUCGGUGUCAAGACUGCCGAUGGCAAGCAGGCCAAGGUCGCCAAGCUGGCCAAGAACGAGGUCAUCAUGGUCAACAUUGGUUCCACAUCCACCGGUGCCAAGGUUGCUGCCAUCAAGAACGAUGCUGCCAAGCUGAUCCUGACCAGCCCCGUCUGCACGGAUAUUGGCGAGAAGGUUGCCCUCAGCAGACGUAUCGACAAGCACUGGCGUCUUAUUGGAUGGGCUACAAUUGCUGCUGGUGUUACUCUGGAGCCUAGCUCUGCAUAA